AUGUCAGUCGAUGAGGUGAGGCUGGGGAGUAGGGAGAGCGGGGGAGUAGGGGAGAGCGGGGGAGUGGGGGAGAGCGGGGGAGUGGGGGAGAUGGGCAGAGGGGGAGUGGGGGAGAAAGCUGUUGGCUCUGGUACGUUUUCCAACCUCAAGGGUAAACUAGACAUCCCUGUGAAUGGCAAAACCACCAGAGACACACUGAGAGACUUUUCCAUUGAUGAGCCAGACCUCCCCAAUCACACAGUCACACCCCAGGACUGGCGUAGGAGAGGCACCAACACAAAGACUACUACAGUCACUGGCAAGGAUACUUCCUCCUCCCAGCUGUCUAACUCUGUGAACAACUCCAAUGACGUUCUAUGUGGCCCUGACCAGUCUAGGAGGCCUCACAGUAGAGACUCACCUAACCUGCCAUCUCCAGUGAGCGAUGACGACAAGACACCCACCAACACCCCCCAGAACUCCCCCUUCCACCCCCAGAACACACCUCCCACCUCCCCACACCUCCCCACUACUUCCCUGCAGCCUAAACACCAACAGGGUGUAGAUUCAGGCCUGGCUGACCUAAAGAACCCUCCGGUCUCCACACACACAGCCCAGGGUAGGGCCACUACUGAUCCUGCUAUCCCAGUCUCACACUCUGGCCUGGGGAGGGAUUCCAUGUCCCUUCCCCUCACCUCCUCCUCCCCAAGCAGCCUACCCCUCCUCCCCACUCUGGCUCGAUGGAAGUCAGAGGAGGGGGGAUGGAGUGAUGAGGAUACUGAUGAUGAAGGUACAGAGAAGGACUCAGACUCCACCUACGACUCAGACUCUGCUGAAUCGUCGGUGACCGUCACCAGCGCCAUGAGCCAAUCACAUCGCAGGAGCUUCUCUCUCAGUCUGGCAGAGCUGUGUAACUUUGGAGAGGUGGACUAUGAUCCCCAGUCUUCCUCUGACAGUGAGGAGUGGCCGUCCAGCCGGUCAGCCAGCCGGUCAGCCAGCCUGUCGUCUGACGUGUCGGCAUUGUCCUGUGUGUCUGUCCUGGGCAGUGAUGAGCUGAACCGCCUGCUGGACGACGUAAAGGGCCUGGGGGACACAACGCUGCAGAACUACGAGGAUGUCCAGGUGGUGGUUCUCCAUAAGGAUGUUGGUGUGGGCCUGGGCUUCACCAUGGCAGGAGGAGUGGACCAGAACAAACCUGUCAUUGUCCAUAAGGUGUUCCCGGCAGGGGUGGCUGCUAAGGAGGGAUCCAUCCAGGAGGGAGACAAGGUCCUGUCAAUCAACGGCACAGCGCUGUGUGGCUCCUCCCACUGGGAGGUGCUGAGGACACUAAGGAGGGCACGGACUCAGGGGAUGGGCGUAGUUGUCUUGAGGAGAGGGGGGGUAACAGACCCCCGUAAGGGAGGAACAGUGACUGACAGUCCAGGAGGGACACAGACAGAGCCUGCUAACACUGGUCAGAGGGUGUGUGUGAGGCUGGAGAAGCGCAGCAGAGACCUGGGCUUCAGUCUGGAGGGAGGAGUGGGUUCCAGCCUGGGAGACAAACCCCUCACGGUACAGAAACUCUUCCUGGGUGGUCCAGUGAACCAGGUGUCUCCAGGGGACGAGGUGAUGGAGAUCGAGGGUUUGAGCUUGGUGGGCCUGAGGAGGCUGGAGGCCUGGACCUUGAUCAGAACACUGCCCCCUGGGCCUGUGGAUGUGGUACUACACCGUCCUCACAAACCACAGUGACAGGAAUGAACAUUGAUAUGCACCCUCGAUAUGCUUAUAACAAGGCACUGAAGCAUUUUACUCCUAUGAGGUUGAAGUGAGGGUUGCCAAUCUGAUUUUGGAUAUGUGGUCCGGGUCAACUUCUACCUCAAGUGAGAGGGAUGAUAUGUAUUGCAGCAGUCAUACGAUAACAAAGAGAAGAGACCAGUAAACACUGAGGAGAGGGCUUGUCUGUGUAUAGGGUCAACCCAGGGUAUGGAGAGGGAGAUAGAGAUCAAUACAAAGCACUGAAGAGACCAGUAAACACUGAGGAGAGGGCCUGUCUGUGUAUAGGGUCAACCCAGGGUAUGGAGAGGGAGACAGAGAUCAAUACAGAGGUCAUUUAUUUAAUGUUGUAGAAAUAUGCUGUAUGUUUCUUUAAUACCUAGUCGGCCCAUUGUUUUAUAUGAUGAAAUGUAAGGAGUUUGUAUAUGGCUGUUGUAAUAUAUAUUGUGACUAGAAAGUUAAUAACCGUCCUCUGUCUACUUGCUGUUAAUAAAUCCUACAAUAAC